CUGCCAGGGGUGGGGCUUGUGGACCAUUGAAAGGUUUUGAAAGCUAUGAGUCAUAUUGCCGAAGGCAGAACUUUUGAGGCAGAGUAUUUAUGUGAAGGCACAACAUGCUGUUAUUAACAGCAGAAGAAACUGAGUAUCAGUCGGAAAGAGUCCCUGAUUACAGAAAUACAGAACCAAGAGAAAGACAGGAUGGGCACUGCAGGAAAAGUUAUUAAAUGCAAAGCAGCUGUGCUGUGGGAACAGAAGAAACCCUUCUCCAUUGAGGAAGUUGAAGUUGCCCCACCAAAGGCUAAAGAAGUUCGCAUUAAGAUUUUGGCCUCAGGAAUCUGUCGCACAGAUGACCAUGUGAUAAAAGGAGCAAUGGUGUCUAAGUUUCCAGUAAUUGUGGGACAUGAAGCAACAGGGGUUGUAGAGAGCAUUGGAGAAGGAGUCACUACGGUGAAACCAGGUGACAAAGUCAUCCCUCUCUUCCUGCCGCAGUGUAGACAGUGCAAUGCUUGCCUCAGCCCAGAAGGCAACCUGUGCGUUCGGAGCGAUGUCACUGGUCGUGGAGUACUAGCCGAUGGUACUACCAGGUUUACCUGCAAGGGCAAGCCGGUCUAUCACUUCAUGAACACCAGCACGUUUACCGAGUACACGGUGGUGGAUGAAUCUUCCGUUGCCAAGAUCCACGAUGCCGCUCCUCCUGAGAAAGUCUGUUUAAUCGGCUGCGGAUUUUCCACUGGAUACGGGGCUGCUGUUAAAACUGGCAAGGUCACACCUGGUUCUACUUGUGUUGUCUUUGGCCUGGGAGGAGUUGGCCUGUCUGUCAUCAUGGGCUGUAAAUCAGCUGGUGCUUCCAGGAUCAUUGGGAUUGACCUCAACAAAGACAAAUUUGAGAAAGCCAUGGCUGUCGGAGCCACCGAGUGCAUCAGCCCCAAGGACUCUACCAAGCCCAUCAGUGAGGUGCUGUCAGAAAUGACAGGGAACAAUGUGAGCUACACCUUUGAAGUUAUUGGGCGUCUUGACACUAUGGUUGAUGCCCUGGCGUCCUGCCAUAUGAACUAUGGCACCAGCGUGGUGGUAGGCGCUCCUCCAUCAGCCAAGAUGCUCACCUUUGACCCAAUGCUGCUUUUCACAGGACGCACGUGGAAGGGAUGCGUCUUUGGAGGUUGGAAAAGCAGAGACGAUGUCCCAAAGCUAGUGACUGAUUUUAUGGCAAAGAAAUUUGACCUGGACCAGUUGAUAACUCAUGUUUUACCUUUUACAAAAAUCAAUGAAGGAUUUGAACUGCUCUAUUCAGGUCAAAGCAUUCGAACGAUCCUGACAUUUUGAGAUCCUAACUUCCAGGAGGUCCGUGUUGUGUGCUGGUGAUCUGGAGCGUCCAUGUCUGUAGUUCCCUCCUCUGAAAUCAUGGAUCUGUCUCACAAUACAAGUGCAAGGAGACUAUUUGGUGAAGCUACAGAACCUUCAUGUUUAUGCACCUUUCUAAACACAUAGAGUCUUAUGAGCACUUGGGAAUUAACACGGGGAUUCAUAGCAAUAUUUAAAAACUUCAUUUAUCGUUUAUUAGACUAUAAAUUACAUAUUUGAAAACACAAAUACUUGGAUUUCUAUAUUGAAACAGAGAUGUCCUUAAAAGAGUUUUAACUAGCUCCUACCACUUAAAACUGAUUAGCAUAGAAAGAUAUAGUAAUUGUAUUUCUUUUUUUUUUUUUAGUAGUAAUUGUAUUUCUAAAGCAUAUUCAUUUAACACAUUGUAAAUUUUUUUUAUUUGAAUGGAAGUUUUCAAAAACACUUGUUAUACAUUAACUCGGAUUAAGUUUUGAAAUCAGCUCAUUGCAUGUACAUUGCUCAAUUAGAUUAAGAAAGAAAUGGGGUUAUUUAACAGAAGGGCAUAUUUUUCAAUGAUUAACUCUAAGAAUUAUCAUUACAUACCGUGGUGAAACUGAAAAAGUAUAUUACUAGCAAUCAUGAGGCCAAUUACCAAACCACCUUAAUAUUUCAGAAAAUAUGCCUUUUUAUAAUACGACUUAAAUAUAAAAGUGCAGCUAGAAUCACAUUGUAGUAUUUACCAUAAUGUUCCCUCGGAUUAAGUAGAAUUACAAGGCUCUAAGUCCUUAUUUAGUAUUUAGCAAUGACUCCAUUUCAUAAAAAUUGCUUUCAGUCUGGUACAAGUGCACUGGCAGAUCUCUAUGUAUCUGUAACAUGUUAAAAUUUUUAAUAAAAUUAAAUUCUUUACAAAAGGUUU